UUUGUAUAACCUUUCCCCCAAGGCGCUUCACAAGUCGUCACGCUGAUCAUGGUUUUCAAUGUCCUCGAGCCUGCGCUAACGCGCUACAUCUCCCUCCGCGAGGAUUUAGAGGGUUUCUUGAGGGACAAGUAUGGACAGGACCACCCGAACUUUGACUUCGAGGUCGAGCACGAUUGUGAUCGAUGGACUUUUGAGGCUCCUGAGAAAGUAAACGAUAAAGACAUAUUGCGUCUAAUUGAUGAGCUUCAAGCAAAAGGUCAGCCUGGUCAAGUGGCGGGAUAUUGAGUUGGGCUGAGGCAAUGAGGCUUCGCGAUUUUCGUCUGGUCAACCUGGGUUCCUUUCCGGGUGGCGUAUCUCGGUGAGGGUGUAGUGACAGCCUAUCAAUAGAUUACUAUUCACCA